GUGGCCGCGUGGCCGGAGCUCUCCAAGCUCCCCGGGCAGUUCCUGCUGCCUGCGCGGGAGCCACCAUGACUAGCAACGGAGCGGGCGGAGGGGGCGCCCCUCUGGCGCGCGAUGGAGCCCCCGCCGCUCUUCCGCCUGCGGAGAAAGCUUCGUCGCUCGCCAAGAGUUACGACCUCUCCGGCAAGGUGAUGCUGCUUGGAGAUUCAGGUGUGGGGAAGACCUGCUUCCUCGUCCAGUUCAAAGAUGGAGCCUUCCUCUCUGGGACCUUCAUAGCUACUGUCGGGAUAGACUUCCGGAACAAGGUGGUAACAGUGGAUGGUGUAAAAGUGAAAUUGCAGAUUUGGGACACUGCCGGUCAGGAAAGGUUCCGGAGUGUAACACAUGCAUACUAUCGUGAUGCACAAGCCCUCCUCCUCCUUUAUGAUAUCACCAACAAAGGCUCCUUUGACAAUAUUCGGGCUUGGCUUUCAGAGAUCCAUGAAUAUGCCCAAAAGGAUGUGGUUGUCAUGCUUCUAGGUAAUAAGGCUGAUGUGAGCAGUGAGCGAGUUGUCAGAACAGAAGAUGGGGAAUCCUUAGCCAGGGAAUAUGGAGUGCCUUUCAUGGAGACCAGUGCCAAGACCGGUAUGAAUGUGGAACUGGCGUUUCUGGCCAUUGCAAAAGAGCUCAAGCAGCGAGCUGUGAAGCAGCUGGACGAGCCCAGGUUCCAAAUCCAUGACUACAUUGAGUCACAGAAGAGGCAGACCAACUGCUGUGCCUUUCUCUGAAGGAAGAGGAUGCUAAGGCAGUCUGAAUUACCUACUGCAAAAGAGACCAAGGAGCAAAGUGCCACACAGGAGAUGCAGGGAAGGAGAGAAAUGUUGAGGAUCUGCUCCUCAGACAUUAACUUUUUAGAGAAUCCUUUUAGAGAUUGUACAUAAGAAGAAUACCAUGUCUGGUGUUGCUUGCCCGCACGGACUUGAAGGAAGAGUUAAGAAUGCGUGUGUGAAAGUAUGCGGAGGCAAUCAGGUUCUAUAGUAUUACUCAGGCCUAUCAUUUGCAGGUAGGAAGAAAAAGUAUUGCCUGUACCAAAGCAAAUCAAGCUUUCUUUUGGCUCCCACACCACUGCCCUGUGCCUUGAAAGAGAGGGUGUGUAAGGAAUGGUUCUAUCACUCACUAGGGAGGGGUCGACCAGGAGCUACCCAGAAAGUCCCUCUUUGCAAAGGUGAGGGGAGGCAUUUGGAUAAAGUGAACCGGUUAAUUUAAUUACAGUAUUGCCCUAAAAAGCAAUGCUUUGUAUGAUAACUGAAACCAGCAGAAAUAUUCAGUAAAGUAAAAGUAGACAGAUUUCCUUUUGACCUCUGGCCUUUCCUGCUUCCCACACCCAAAGAUCCUGCCGAGAGGGCUGCUUUUCUUCACCUCCCUUCCUCCCCCCACCCCAAGGAAAGGAGGACAGGAUCUAAGGGUUUUUCCUCCUGCCUGGAACGUCAAGAGAUUGCUGCUGACUGGAGUUAGAUGGGGGAGAGACCGCCGUAUAAUUUUAUGACCGUAAGUAAGGGAAAAGUUUAGAAAGUUGACUGUUUGUUUUGAUGGUACAAUGCAAGAUCAUUUGGGGGAAGGAAAACCCAGCAUGCUGAAGCGUAGCAGGCCAGAAAGCCCCGGCAUCCACUGUUCAGAUGGACAAGUCUUCUGAGUUUGUUUGCUCAGAAAACUGCUGGGAUAUAUACAUAACAGAAGUGGUUGCUCCCCUGAGGUUUUUGGUCCCUUCUUACAAACACAUCUGGGGUUUCUUGAGAAGAAGUGAAUCUUUUUAUAAUUAGUAUCAAGCUCUAGAUCUAAGAAACAACUCUGGGAGGGAGGAUUUAUGUUGGAACCAGGCUCAUCUGUGUCACAUUAACGUAUUUUACAAGCACAUGCCAUUUCAAGCGGGCUGUUUGUCUUGCAAUCAUUCCCCAUUCCAGCACACCCAACCAAGUACAUUCAGCCAACAGAUGCAAUCCAGGGAGAGCUGCAUGCAUUUGCAGCCUAUAUAUAUGAAGCAUGUUAUCCUUGAUUGAAACAUGUCCCCAGAUAAAAAGACUGCAACUUUGGGUCGCAGCAGGAUUUCUCCAUAGUAAGCUUGCUCUGGAUGGCAUUCAGUGAUUCUUCUGCCCUUUACUGCACUCUGCUGCAUCCUGUCGCAUUGGAUUGGCAGGUUAUUGCCAGCUGUCCCAACAGCUGUUCAACUAGGACAAUAGGACAAUAUCAACAAGAUUAGUUUGCAGACUUCUUUCCAGAAGGGAGAAAGAUGGGGAGCCCUUCCUCCAGUCAGUAAGGGGUAACAUGUAAGCAGGUCUACUGCAUUUGGAUGUGAGGCAGUCAGGGGAAAGUGAUUCUGCAGGCGAGGCUAGGACUCAAGAACUGUCUGUGAUGGGUCAGUAAUGCUUUGGCGCUAGGCUGAGACAGCACAGAGGAAUCUCCCAAGGCCAAAUGCCAGGUUUUACCUCCCUGUGGUCAGAUACAUUGUGCAGUGCAUUUUUACUUGAAUUUCUUUACAAGUUAACUUAUCACCUAUCUCACAGCUGUAUUUCCUUUCCCCUGCUUCCUGGAAGUAAGCAACUAAUGGAUCCCAUCUAGAUUGAUUGACCUUUGCUGGUCUGGCACAGCAUAGUGCCCCCCCCCCUUUUUAAAAAAAAUCCUUUCAAGGUUUUUUCUUUUUUCUUUCUACAGUUCUAAAACUUGAGGUUACUCUUACUGAUUAUUCCAAACAGAGUAUGAUGUAUUUCCCCCAUGUUUCCUGGAUUCUUUAAUCAGCAUGAGUUAGGCAGGAACUAUCUGUAGCCAGCCACACUCCUUAUAUAUUAUGCGAGGCAGGUACAGCCAGCACUAUGGCAAGAAAUGGAAGCCUUAUCUGUGAAAGAGAGUUCUUCCGAGCAAAGCUCGCAUAUUUGUUGCCCUGGCAGCAUGCAUAGUUUCCCAGAAAAACAACAGGGAGAAUGCCAGGAUUUAGGAGAGGGAGGCAGACUCCAGCAAAACCGAGCAUUGCUUCACAUUGCCUGCACCUUUCCUGGGUGUCCACUGCUGGCCCCGGGAGCUCUGGCAAAUGCAUGAUCCUGCUAGCCCAUUGGAGCAUGAUCCAUCUUUUAUUCAAGGUUGUGGAGGAACACAUGGACUUUGCACUAAAAAAUGCUUCUUAAGUACCUUGAGAUUGAGAAGAAGAAGAAGAAGGUUACAGGAAAAGAAUAUUGUCAUUGUCAUCAUCAUCUCUCCUGGAGCUGCUUAUCCUUUUUCCUGGAUCAGAAACUCAACUUUCCUUUUUAAUGCAUGAGGGAUGGCACAAGUGCUUUUUCAGCUGUGUUCAUGUUAAAAUCUGUAACGAUUGUAUUGUGACCUAGAAAUGCAGGCCAUAUGGCAGACGUUGACAAUCCUUUGGGUCAGCAGCACAUUUGGAAUUUAAGUUCAUUUUCCCGUAAGAAUGAGCUGCCUGGGCAGAUCACCUGUUCACAGAAUUACUGAGAUGAUCUCUUCCUUUGUGGGCCUGAAGGUAUUGCAGCAAAUAAAUACUAUGUUUGAAGCUGGCACCUUGCUUUGCAACAUGUCAGUUUCCUUUUCUUUUUUUUAAAGCACCCACCAAGAGUAGUGUCCAGGGCAGUAGAUACCUUGGGUACCACUUGGACUACCCUUGCUCCAGUUCAGAGAAUUUCAGGUAGCAGUGAUGGGUUAAGGCCAUUGCCUAAAACCUUGGAGAAACACAGAGUAUAAGGACUAGAUUAUGGACCGGCGCUUUCAUUUUUGCACUAUAUGUCUUGUGACAACUAGAUAAUGUAUUUUUAAAUAAGCCUUAUCCACAGCUUUGGCCUUAAAUCUGGGAAUAAUAAAAAGAGGAAUACUAGAAAAAUACAUUACAUGGUAAAGAAUUACUUACAAAUAAAGUCCUUAUUCCUUGUAACUAGCUAUAAUGCUAAUCAAGGAUUUGUUGUCUGAAUGGGUAACAAUAGACUGUGUAACCCUAAAGCCGAACAGAAGAGAUAAUGUAAGCUCCCUCCUUUGCUUGUGUUAAAUUCCCCUUUCUGCAUUCUUUAUAUAACAAAUCUUUCUGCCUGAUCCACCAGGCAUUAGAGUGAUCAAUUUUCCAAAGAAUUAAAAGGGAGGAAUGUAGAAUAGAGCAUUUGAUUGUGCAAUACAGUCACAGUUGUUCUUGGCAAAAAACUUGAUCUGCAUUUUGCUAUCCUUGAGGUCUUUGAUCCUGCCGUAAACUGCUCCGGGUAAACCUCUUUUUGAAGGGCAGCAUACAACUAAAUAACUUAAAGAUAACUGUAUUUAGCUUUAUACUCCUAAUAUCCCCUAUAAAAUAAAGGAAGUUGCUUCUU